AAUAUCUCGGUCCUAUUAUGUCGCUCUGCAUGGAAAAACGGGGAUUGGAGCAAUCGGCGAAACAUCUCGACAACGAUCGAAUUAUUCUGCACUUUAUUCUGCCGCUUAGUGAAAUUAUCAUUGAUUUCCAUGAUGCGUUGAAAUCAAUGAGCUCUGGGUAUGCAAGUUUUGAUUACGAGGAUCAUGGAUAUGUUACAACACACCUUGUAAAGUUAUCUGUUCUUUUAAAUGGAUUAUCAAUUGAAGAAUUGAGCACCAUUGUUCAUACAUCGAGGGCAAAGGACGUCGCAAAACAUAUGGCUAGGAAACUUGGAAAAAUUAUACCCAGACAACAAUUUCUACUAGCCAUUCAAAUAGGAGUGGGAGCGAAAAUUUUAGCCAGAGAGGAUGUGAAACCAUAUAGAAAGGAUAUCACCAGUCGAUUGGUAAUCUCAUUAACAAUGAUAUUGAUGAUAGAUUUAAUGGUGAUGAACUGGACUAAUGAGGAAUAUUAG